CCGAGCGAGUUCGCGCGUGCGACGUCAGCGGGAGACGUCAAUCCGUCGUGAAUCAACCACGCGAGCGGUGAGGGCGAAAGCACCGGCGAAUCUCCGAGCGCGUGCCGAGCGCGAACAUGUUCCGGGACGGCCAGUACCUGGAGGUUAUCAAGGCCUCGGAUGAUUGCUUGGCGACUGCCGUGGUCACCGUGCAAGAGAAAACGGUAGAGAUCAAGAAACAGAAGGUCAGCACAAAUAAGUGGCUGCAGAUCGAAGAUUGGGCGGCGCUUUAUAAAAUAUUGGAGCGAGCGGUUCUACGAAACGGCCGCCGGGGUGAUGGAUCACAUCGCGAAGAUCGGGGAUGUGAGUGGAGAAAGUCCACUCGUCAACUCGAAAUCACGUAUACUUUUGAGCAUUCAGAAAGCGCAAGUGAUUUGUCAUCCUUGCCUACAAUCAAGGUGCACGUAUCACCAGCGCGAAAGAAAUCGGUGAAGCGAGAAACAAAUGACGAGACUUCAAAGAAAAGUAAAGCGAAAAGUAAAGCGGAUGAUGAUGUGACGAAAGGCACGAAAGAAGAAAAAUUAUCCGUUCGAACAACAACAAUAAAAGGCGAUCGAUUGAAGAAAACGCCAGAGAAACCGAAGCAGAUUUCUUCGAAGAAAACUGAAAUUCCGAGCGCUAUCGCGACGGAGCAGGAGGAUUUGAAAAGGAAGAAAUGUCGGUCAUACACGCUCUUCGACGAUCUGGAGAACGCAGCGUUGGAGGAAUACAUUCCGGAUGCUCCGAAGGCGAAGAAACCGUGUCCGGAUUUCAAGUACGUGCCCAGCCGAAAAAGUGCAUUGGAAAAUAUGCGGUUAACAUCGAACGAAUACACGCCAACUCUUUGCGACGGCAGAAGCCGUAUCGCGGAGGAUGUGAGCUAUGUACCAAACUCCAUCGAGAAACUGGAGACGACUUAUGAAAUUUACGAACCACGCGCCACCACCGAGAUACCUGAUAGCAUUUUCGAGGAGUACGUGCCUAAUUCCAAGGGUUUCAACCCCUCCGUAGAGAAGUACGAACCUGACUUCAAAUCGCCGAGCAAGCUGAUGAAGUUCGAUGAUAGUUACGUGCCCUCAAGCGUGCGACGAAGCGCGCCGAAUGAAUCGAAAAGAACUUCGAGUAAGUCGGAGAAGUCAAAGAUGCAAAGAUUAGAGGCGCGUCGAAAGGGAACGCUGGACAAGAAAAAGAUAGACGAACUUUUCUCGUGAGACACGCGACAAUGCAAAGUGUUCAAGCGGAAUAGUACACGACUGAAGAAAUUCUUGCAGGCAGAGAAAAUAAAUUUUGGCAUGACUGACAUUUGUAAAAAGUAUAGUUUAUCUUAAGAUGAUAUAUAAGGAAAUUCUAUAUAUUACAUUAUUAUAUAAUGGUCCGUAAUAAAAUACUUAUUAUUAAAUAUAAAAUGGUAUCGAUGGAUCAAUUGUUAAACAAACAUCAUUUACGAUAUGUACAUUGAUGUCUUGGAAUUAAAGCGAAUAGCUGUUUUAUUUCCAA